CACACACACACCCCUUGGUGGAUGUAGGAGCAGCAUGAUGAUCGAGUCUAGUUGUUCCAUUUCCUCCAUCUUCUGCUGCUGCGCUGUGGGUUCUGGCUCACAUGUGGAUUCCAGAGACAGACCUGCAGGAUAUACAAGUGGAACGGAACGGUCGAUGAAGAAGCUUCCUCCUCCUCCUCCUCCUCCGUGUGGUGAUGAUGAUGAGCAGAUGAAGGUGGUGGCCCUGUAUGAUUUCACAGCGUGUGAAAGAUCAGAUCUGAACCUGAAGAGAGGAGAGGAGUACAGGAUCCUCCACAAACAGGACCAGCUGUGGUGGAAAGUUCGGGACGGACAGGGGAACGAGGGUUUCAUCCCCAGUAACUACGUCACAGAGAAACACAACAUAGAGGCUAACGAGUGGUACUGCAAGAACAUCAACAGGUCUGAUGCUGAAAAUCUAUUGAGAAAAGAGGAUAAAGAUGGUGGUUUCAUUGUGAGGGAGUCGAGCCAACCGAACCGCUACACCGUGUCAGUCUACACCAAAGCCAUGAAGAGACAGAGCCUGAGUGAUGUGAGACAUUACCAGAUUAAGCAGACUGAGGCGGGUCGGUUCUUCUUGGCAGAGAAUUUUGUUUUCAGCUCCAUACCUAAGAUGAUCAGAUACCAUCAACACAACGCAGCAGGUCUGGUGACGAGGUUACGGUAUCCUGUCGGUCCCAUGGGUCAGUGUCUCCCCACUACAGCUGGGUUCAGUUCAGAUAAGUGGGAGAUUGACCCGUGUGAGCUGACCUUUAUGAAGGAACUGGGCAGUGGGCAGUUCGGGGUGGUACGACUGGGUAAAUGGAGAGCGCAGCAUAAAGUGGCCAUUAAAGCCAUCAGAGAGGGAGCCAUGAGUGAAGAGGAUUUUAUAGAGGAGGCGAAAGUCAUGAUGAGACUGUGCCACCCAAAGGUGGUACAGCUGUACGGCGUCUGCACCACCCAGCACCCGAUCUACAUCGUGCUGGAGUACAUGGAGAACGGCAGCCUGCUGGAGGCCCUGCGUCUCCACGGUAACGCCCUGGCGUGUACACGCCUGUUGUCCAUGUGCCAGGACGUGUGUGAGGGCAUGCAGUACCUCGAACAGGACGGGUUUAUACACCGAGACCUGGCAGCGAGGAACUGCAUGAUGAACGAGAGGAACGUCGUCAAAGUGUGUGACUUUGGCAUGACCAGGUACGUGCUGGACGAUCAGUACAAGAGUUCGGAGGGCGCCAGGUUCCCGGUGAAGUGGUCCCCACCUGAGGUCAUUCACUACCAAAAAUUCAGCAGCAAAUCAGACGUCUGGUCCUACGGGGUGCUGAUGUGGGAGGUGUUCUCAGAUGGUCGGACUCCGUUUGGGGACAAGCCGAACAGCGCGGUGGUGGAGGAGGUGACGCAGGGAGGACGACUGUACAAACCCCACAAAUCACCCUCACACAUCUACAACAUCAUGUACCAGUGCUGGCACGAGAAGCCUCAGUGUCGACCCUCGUUCUCCGAGCUGCUGCAGAACAUCAAGGACGCUGCUGAGAACCUCACAUAACCACACACACACACACACACACACACACACAGUAAAAUAAAGUUUUUAUUAUUUAAUUUUGUACAGAUAAAAUAAAUAAAUAAAUAAACUUGAUUAUUUUUAUAAUAAA